AGCUGCUGUGCAGCGCUGACCAACACCGCACUGAGUUGUUUGCAGAUAAAAAACAAGCAAAACUACUUCAAAUUAUGCUGAAAUUACUCACCUGAAAUGAGCUGUAGUGCUGACCACUAAAGCAAACCGACUGAAGGCAUGAUUAGGAAACUGCUUAAGAUGUGGAUUCUGCUGCGACCCACACACUGGCUGAUUUUGAUAGCCCUGUGCGUGCUGACCUGCGCUGGUUACUGGUUGCUCUGGUCAGAGAUUCGCUUGGAACGUGCAUUCAAGCCGCUGUCCAAACUGGGUGAAUCCCUGAGCCCCGAUCAGCAUGCCUCCUCAUCCACCGACGACUUUGACUACGAGGAGCACCUGGUGGUGCUGUACAAUCGCGUUCCAAAGACAGGAUCCACCAGUUUCGUCAACAUCGCCUACGAUCUGUGCAAGCUGAACAAAUUCCAUGUGCUGCACAUCAAUGUGACUGCCAAUAUGCACGUCCUCUCGCUUCCGAACCAAAUUCAAUUCGUGCGCAACGUUUCCAGGUGGAAUGAGAUGAAGCCAGCUCUGUAUCACGGACACAUGGCGUUCCUGGAGUUCUCCAAGUUCCAAAUCGCCCACAAGCCCAUCUAUAUAAAUCUGGUCCGCAAACCUCUGGACAGACUGGUCUCCUACUAUUACUUUCUACGCUUUGGGGACAACUACCGACCGAAUUUAGUGCGCAAGAAGGCGGGCAAUAAAAUUACCUUCGAUGAGUGCGUGGUACAAAAACAACCCGACUGUGAUCCCAAAAAUAUGUGGCUCCAAAUACCCUUCUUCUGUGGCCACGCUGCCGAGUGCUGGGAACCCGGUAGCAGUUGGGCAUUGGAACAGGCCAAGCGCAAUCUAGUCAACGAGUACUUCUUAGUUGGAGUCACCGAGCAGAUGUACGAGUUUGUAGAUCUGCUGGAGAGAUCACUGCCCAGAAUUUUCCACGGCUUUCGUGAGCACUAUCAUAAUUCAAACAAAUCUCAUCUGCGGGUGACUUCAUCCAAGCUGCCGCCGAGCGAAUCGACAAUAAAAGCUAUUCAAAAGACUAAAAUCUGGCAAAUGGAAAACGAUCUGUACGAGUUUGCACUGACCCAAUUCGAGUUCAACAAGAAGAAGCUUAUGCAGCCGGAUAACAAGCACGUGCAAAAGUUCAUGUACGAAAAAAUUCGACCCAAAUGAUUGCAGAGACGGCGACGGAGUCGCAGAACAAGAAUUCGGCCGACUCCAGUGGGCUAACAGUCUGCCAGGAGUCCCCGUUUUUGUAUUGUAAAUAACUAUUCCCCCAAUUAGAUUUGAUUUGUACUUAAGAGUAACUAUUCGUACACUCAAGCGCUACUAAAGACUUUAGCAGUGAAUAUCGUUGACAUAUUAAUAACCGAACCUUUUAUAUGUAGUCUAAGCUUUAAUCUUGUAAAACAUCCGAGAACGCUUUUGUAGUUCAUCGUAAGCAAUAUCUAGCAACAAUUGUCUGCACAAUAUCUCUUCGUUUAGUCAAACAUACGUUUUAUACUCGACAAUACAAUGGAAUGAAUGGAUGAAUCUAGGCCAUAGAUCGAUUUUGUAGAACUUAUAAGUGUAUUCAUAUGUAAACGACUCUCAUUAAUUGUAACUGUCAUAGGCUAAGCUCUAAAUCUGGAUUUGACAUUCAAAUUAAAUGCAUGUAAAUAGUAGAUAAUUGAUUGUCUA